GAAAAAACAUGGAAAGUGGUGCAGUUCUGCUGGAAUCCAAAUCCUCACCGGCUAACCUUCUGCAUGAAAUGCAUCAACUACGCCUUCUGGGUCACCUGUGUGACGUGACCGUGAGCGUGGAGUACCAGGGUGUCCGCGAAGAAUUCAUGGCCCAUAAGGCGGUGCUGGCAGCCACCAGCAAAUUUUUUAAGGAAAUGUUCCUUAAUGAGAAGACUAUGGAUGGUACUAGGACUAAUGUCUACUUACAUGAAGUGCAAGUUGUUGACUUUGCUUCAUUUCUUGAGUUUGUCUACACCGCAAAGGUACAGGUGGAAGAAGAUCGGGUGCAGCGAAUGCUGGAAAUGGCUGAAAAGCUAAAAUGUUUGGACUUAUCAGAAACUUGUUUUCAAUUAAAGAAACAGAUGUUAGAGUCGGUACUUUUGGAGUUGCAGAAUUUCUCUGAGUCUCAGGAGGUGGAAGGGAGCAGUGGCUCCCACGGCAGUGCUACUUCUGACGCUGGGGCAAGUGUGGCUGUGGACAGUCCUUUCACCAAUGGCCUUGUGGACUCCUUAGCUCCUCCAGUGCAGAGAAUCAGCAACGGUACGUUGCCAGAUCUGUCCCCAAGGAAGUCCAAAGAAAAAGCAGACAAGAAGAAAGAUGGAGUUAAGCCUUCCUACCCCAAAGUCAGAAGAGCUAGUGGACGGCUGGCAGGCAGAAAGGUGUUUGUGGAAAUUCCUAAGAAGAAAUACACAAGAAGACUCCGAGAGCAGCAGAAAAGUGCUGAGGAUGAUGCGGGGGACUACAGGUGUACCCAACACCCCAGCCCAGACACUGUGGGGGCAGAGGAUGAGCCAGUGACAAAAAGUGAGGAUUUCAGUGCUGGAGUGGAGGUCGGGGAGGCGCUGCAGAAGGCAGGGCAGGUGGGGGAGGAAGAGGAAGAAGGGGAGGAGGGGGAGGAGGAGAAGAGGAAGAGCAACUUUAAGUGUACCAUCUGCGAAAAGUCCUUUCUGUAUGAGAAGAGCUUCCUGAAGCACAUCAGGCACCAUCACGGUGUGGCCACGGAGGUGAUUCACCGCUGUGACACCUGUGGCCAGACCUUCGCCAAUCGCUGCAACCUGAAGAGCCACCAGCGCCACGUGCACAGCAGUGAGCGCCACUUCCCGUGUGAGCUCUGCGGGAAGAAAUUCAAGAGGAAGAAGGACGUCAAGCGGCACGUGGUGCAGGUUCACGAGGGGGGUGGCGAGCGGCACCAGUGCCAGCAGUGCGGCAAGGGCCUGAGCUCCAAGACGGCCCUGCGGCUCCACGAGCGGACCCACACCGGCCACAAGCCCUACGGCUGCACCGAGUGUGAGGCCAAGUUCUCACAGCCCUCGGCACUGAAGACCCACAUGAGAAUUCAUACAGGGGAAAAACCUUUUGUCUGUGAUGAAUGUGAGGCAAGAUUCACUCAGAACCACAUGCUGAUUUAUCAUAAAAGGUGUCACACAGGUGAAAGACCUUUUAUGUGUGAAACAUGUGGCAAGAGUUUUGCUUCUAAGGAGUAUUUAAAACAUCACAAUAGAAUCCAUACUGGAUCCAAACCCUUUAAAUGUGAAGUUUGUUUCAGGACUUUUGCCCAGCGGAAUUCACUUUACCAGCAUAUUAAAGUCCACACAGGGGAACGUCCCUAUUGUUGCGACCAGUGUGGUAAGCAGUUCACCCAGCUCAAUGCUCUCCAGCGUCACCAUCGGAUCCACACGGGAGAGAAGCCGUUCAUGUGUAACGCAUGUGGAAGGACAUUUACUGACAAGUCCACUCUCCGGAGGCACACCUCAGUUCAUGACAAGAAUACGCCAUGGAAGUCCUUCCUUGUUAUUGUGGAUGGCUCACCCAAGAAUGAUGAAGGGCAUAAGACUGAACAGCCUGAUGAAGAAUAUGCAUCAUCCAAACUUUCAGAUAAAUUGCUGUCUUUUGCUGAAAAUAACCAUUUUCACAACCUGGCCACAGUCCCAGGCAGCGUAUCUACUGUGCAUGAGAAUAGUUCUGCCAACACAGCCUGCAAGUCGGACAAUUCUGUGGUGUCCCAGGACGCUCUGCUGGCCACCACCAUCAGUGAGCUUAGUGAGCUGACACCACAGACAGACUUGAUGCCCACACAACUUCACUCACUGACCAGCAUGGAAUAUGCUUGAAGUGACCUGCUAGGCAGGCCCCAUCCUGCAUCUCGUGUGAUAGUGUGUGCAAGGUGAUAUGUCAGGAGCCACGAAAAAGAACCAUCUGUAGGCAAAGAAGUGGGUAUUCAAGAACGGCUUCUGAUUUUCCACAAUUCCUGAUAACUUGCACGCUUUUAACAAAGCAUUUUUGAAGCUUUUCCUUAAAAAUCCUGAUCUGCACGACCUCAGCUACACUUUAUCAACACAUAAGGCAAUUAACAUAACCUCACUUAAUUCUGGUGUAGGCUGCUAUAUGCGUUAAUCAUUCUAAUGCUUGAUUGUCUUGAUGUUUAUGAAGCUUAAUUAUUUACCUGAGUACACAGCAUUGAUCCACUCAAGAACUUGCUUUUAAUGGUCUCUCUAGUCUCUCAGCCUGCCUUAUACUUCCAGGUGGGUGUAUUUCUCUGAUACUUUUAAGAUAGUUUUCUACCAAGCUGAAAUAAAACUGGGGCCACGUAUUUUUAAUUGUUUCUUUCCUGCCGAAUUGAAGCAAAUCAGAUUUGCUCUAAGCACCCUUGAAUGGAACUGAAGAAAUGAAUUAUUGCAUUCACCCCUUCUACUCCCCCAACCCCACACUAAAAUAAAGGAAUGGCAAAUUGAACACCUACAAAAUAGUUUAGUAUAGCCCCUACUAACAGCAUAUGUGUGGCUAGGAAAUUUGUCAUAAAAUAGCUUUUGAAAUGAGGCUGUUCAUUUUCCUUCCUAAAAACCUGAUAAGGUAAAAGUUGUCCUACCAAAGAUUUUAGUAGCAAACUAGUAUUUUUCUUUUUGCAAAGAGGUACGAAAAAUUAAGCAAGAGGCUUUAGAACACUUGAAACUUACGUAGUUAUUUUACUGACGAAUAGCAAUGAGGUGAUUGUGGCUAACCUUAGAGCACAGAGUAUUAGUAUUUCUGCCUGUUUUUUCUGAUUUAAUUUUCGUGAUUUUCAGAAAAUCAGAACUUUCUCAUGGCCAAAUCAAGAGCUAGAAACAGGCAUGUAAAGGUCACACAUUUGUUUCCUUGGGAGUAUGCGAGAAUAGAGCAGAAGGGACCAAAAGCCUUGGCACGCAUCCUUGAUUAUGCCUUAAAAGUAGAUUGUGAAGAACCAAUACUUGUCUUAAAUGCUCCUUUGGCUGUCUCAUGCUGGACUUUACAAUGAAGAAGUAAUUCUGCUGUAUUUGCUAAGCUUAAUUCUUGGUUCCAGUGGCUUUUGUAUAUAGUCGUGACUCAUAUGUAACCCUAAACAUAUUAAUUUAACCACAACCUUAAAGUCUUUUGUUUACCAGUU